UCAACAGUAGGCAAACUGUUAGAGUCGAGUUUUCUAUUUUGUCCGUCCAAAGGAAUAUAACCAGGGCUCCACAGCAUUUGAUAUCAGUCGAACUGGGAGAACCUUCAUCGUUAUAAUCGAUUACCAGCAUUCAACUGGCAUUUCAACCCAUCGCAAGAGAAGACUGUGUACGUAAUAACGUGAAAGAACCACGGAAAUGUCUCUUAACAUAGGUCUUUCUGGUUUGGAAAUGGGACGUCGUACGGAGAGCAAUCAUGCUUGUUUUCCGACCGAAAUGGAGGGUGACAACUGCUCUCCUCAUGACAAAUUCCGACAGAGCUCAAAAGAGGCCCGAGACUCGUCCAUCAGCUGCUGCUGCUUCGGGUGGGUCCGAACAUGGUUAUGCAAGAAAAAUGACCUGAAUAGUAAUGAAGAUGUUUACGAGAGGAAAUGCCCAGACAACACGGGAGAGGGCACAGAAGACUCCCGAGACUCGUCCACCGGCGGGUGCUUCGAGUGCAUCCAAAGAUGGGUACGUGAUAAGUUUUCCAGGCGUCUCGGAACAGAAAAAGAGACAAUGACAGAACAGCGACCUGUGACGGCGACAGCACAGCGCUCUGUGACGGCGACAGCACAGGGACUUGUGACGCCUGUGACGACGACAGCACAGGGUCUUGUGACGCCUGUGACAGCAACAGAACAGAGCUCUGUGACGCCGGUAACGGCGACAGAACAGCGACCUAUGACGGUGACAGCACAGCGACCUGUGACGCCGGGAAUGCUGACAGCCCAGCGCCCCGUGAAGCCUGUAACGGCGACAGAACAGCGCCCUGUGACGGUGACAGAACAGCGACCUGUGACGGCGACAGCACAGCGCCCUGUGACGGUGACAGCAACAGAACAGAGCUCUGUAACGCCUGUAACGGGAACAGAACAGCGCCCUGUGACGGUGACAGAACAGCGACCUGUGAUGGCGACAGCACAGGGACCUGUGACUCAUGUGACAGCAACAGAACAGAGCCUUGUGACGCUUGUGACGGUGACAGAACAGCGACCUCCGACGAUGACAGAACAGCGACCUGUGACGGCGACAGGACAGCGACCUGUAACGGCGACAGAACAGCGACCUGUGAAGCCUGGGAUGGCGACAGCUCAGCGACCUGUGACGACUCUAACGGCGAUAGUACAGCGCCCUGUGACAGUGAGACAACAGCGACCUGUGACGGCGAAAGCACAGCGACCUGCGACGCUUGUAACGGCGACAGAACAGCGACCUGUGAAGCCUGAGAUUGCGAGAGCCCAGCCCCCUGUGACUAUUACAGAACAGCGACCUGUGAUGGCGAGAGCACAGCGACCUGUGAAGCCUGGGAUGGCGAGAGCCCAGCGCCCUGUGACGGUGAGAGCACAGCGACCUGCGACGCCUGUAACGGCGACAGCACAGCGACCUGUGACGGCGAGAGCACAGCGACCUGUGAAGCCUGGGAUGGCGAGAGGCCAGCGACCUGUGACGGCGAGAGCACAGCGACCUGUGAUGACUAUAACGGCGACAGAACAGCGCCCUGUGACGGUGACACAACAGCGACCUGUAACGGCGAAAGCACAGCGACCUGCGACGCCUGUAACGGCGACCGAACAGCGACCUGCGACGCCUGUAACGGCGACAGAACAGCGACCUGUGAAGCCUGGGAUGGCGAGAGCCCAGCGACCUGUGACGGCGACAGCACAGCGACCUGUGACGGCGAGAGCACAGCGACCUGUGAAGCCUGGGAUGGCGAGAGCCCAGCGACCUGUGACGGUGACAGAACAGCGACGUGUGACACCUGGGAUGGCGACAGCCAAACGCCCUGUGACGUCUGUGACGGCGACAGCCCAGCGACGCGGCGAAAAGCAGGAGCGAGGGGAACAUCUUGAUGAGGAAGUCGAGCUUCACUGCAUGCAGGACUCUCUGUGUAAGAGGAACUACAUGAGAAGAAACAAAGAGAGGACCCCAGCACAGAAGAAGUUGGAGGAAUUCCGGAAAAGUCUGAGAGCUGAAAAGCCAGAUCUUGAUGAAUAGGAGCUGGACGAAUGAGACUUGUGGCCACCGGAAGAAGAUGACUUCAUCUGAGAAAUUUCCGAGGUCCAGUAAAUUCUUUUUCAUAAGACAAGUGUCCGGUCCCAACAAACUUACUUCUAAAUAUCUUUCCAAUUUGUUUUAAGAUUUAUACAAUUAUACUUAGUAUUAAUAAUUAAUCAUGGCAUAAUCAUAAAAAGUAUUACUACACUUAAGUAUAGGGUGUGGCAUGUUGACAAAUAUAAAAUUAUAUUUAAAUUAUUUAUUAAUCAAUAUACUAAUGAAAUCUUGUAGCAUAUUUUAUUUUACUCAAGCCAACAUUGUUAAAUUAACUUGUGCUUAUUUUAAUUGACAUAUCUCAUUGUGAUCACCAAAAAUAUAUUUAUUAUUGAGAUUCUUGUAUUUUCAUGUAUGCAAAGUUGUAAUUUAAUAAAUAAAAAUGUACGAAUCUA